AUGUCAGAAACUGAGUUGGAAAAGAUAAAAGUAAGAACAGCCGAACAUUUUGAAAAUGACAAAAAUAACAUUCCUUGGUUAAAAGAAGGUAAGUCUACAUCGGUAUUUAACCCUCUUCCCUCCCCCUGUACACAACUCACAAAUGAAAAACAUGCAGACGAGAAACCUAUUAAUGCUAUCGUUAUAAAUUCAGUAUCCGAAUUCAAUAUCACAGAUGGACCAGCCCAGGAAACCCCCAAUGAGAAAAACCUGUCAGGAUCGAGCACUUCACUCUCUUCCCUCGAAGAAUGCCAAACGAAAUUUCCCUACCUCCAAACUAAUACUUCAGUUCAUCGGAGAGACGCCGAUGAGGAGUGUGCCUCCCUAAUCCUCACCUGUCUCUUCUGCCAAUUCUUGGACUGCCUCUUCAUGCUCCCUGACACAUGUGAGACAGUGUGCAUCAACCUGUGCUGCCCCUCUCACAGGUACUCCUCUGCCUCAGAUGAGAACCAUCCACGCAGUGACUGCAACCUGACCUGUGAUAUGGACUGCAGCCUCUUCGAAUCUUGCCAUGAGACCAGCGAAUGCCUGGAGCUGGCCAUGGAGAUUUCAGAAAUCUGUUACCGCUAG